GACCCAUUUUUUUGCAGGGUCUAUCGCCGUUGUGGCACAAUUCGUGAUUUUUUGCAGAUUCCCUAUGGACAAUAACGGCAGAAAACGGACAAAGACUCGCAUUUACAACGCAUAGCAGAAACAGUGGAAUUUGCUACGUUGAUUUAUCUGUCGCUUUCUGAUUCUAGGGGACGAAGAAAACAGCGUCCGAGGCAUCUGUUGUGUAUUUUAACCAGGGAUUCUCAGCGGUAGUCAUUUGAACUUGGUUGAGCCGGCGGAGAUGAGUGGUCCCGAGGUUGCCAAGACGCCAGGGGGCGGGGCCCCGGGCAAGGAGGGGAAGGAGACGGUGGCCAAUGGGCAUGCAGGAGAGGGUGGGGAGGGUAACCCAUUCGCUGACUACAUGUGGAUGGAGAAUGAGGAGGAGUACAACAGACAGGUGGAGGAGGAGCUGCUGGAACAGGAGUUCCUGGACCGGUGUUUCCAGGAGAUGCUGGAAGAGGAGGAGCAGGAUUGGUUCAUCCCGGCCCGGGACCUCCCCUCGGGGGCGGGGCAUCUCCAGCAGCAGCUCAACGGCCUGACAGUCAGCGACCGCAACCCAGAGGAGAUGGCGAGUAAGAGCAGCUUGAAUCCUGAAGCGAAGGAGUUCGUCCCGGGAGUCAAAUACUAGGAGUCCCCCUCACCCCCACAAGACCCACACACACACACAUACACACACACUCCCUCUAGAGACUCUAGCGGUCCCAACCGCACGCACACACACUCUCACACACACACACACACACGGCCAGGGCGUGAUGGUGGGGGGACUCUUGUGUAUCUUUUUAUUUUCCGUUUUGUUUCGUUGUAAACUAAGGGACUAGGGGGCUUGGGGGUGGGGGUGCAAUACCAGCGCUGGCCAGCAGGGGAGCUGGACUCAGCAUAGCAAGAUGCUUAGACUCACAGAGGAGCCCACAGGCCAUCAGCCAUCCAGACUCAGCUCUUAAAAUGACGCCCAGUUUCUUAACGUACUAGAUUUCAGGGAGUACGCUUCAGGAAGUACGCUUCAGGGAGUACGCUUCAGGAAGUACGCUUCAGGAAGUACACUUCAGGGAGUACGCUUCAGGAAGUACGCUUCAGGAAGUACACUUCAGGGAGUACGCUUCAGGAAGUACGCUUCAGGAAGUACACUUCAGGAAGUACGCUUCAGGAAGUACACUUCAGGGAGUACGCUUCAGGAAGUACGCUUCAGGAAGUACCCACAAGGGAUCGUCUCGAAAGUAUUUUCCGAGGAGACGAGGCUUAUGCUUUCUCUCCCGUUUUGAUUGGUCGAUGUUUUGACAUGUUCUCAGAGAAACGGGGGGUCAUUUUCCGCCAUUUCAACAUAUUUUUUUUUAAGCGAUACCAGCUCUCCGGUCGUGAUUUGAAACGUUGUUCUGGAACUCUCUACUGCCUACCAGUUUGUGUGUUUUAUUUUCUUAUUUUUAUUUUUCCAGUUUUGGCCGUAUGUACAUCGUCUCUCUCUCUCUCCCUCCUCUUUCUCUCUCCCCCUCUCUCCUCCCCCCCCCCUCUCUCUCGCUCUAUCUCGCUCUAUCUCUCUCUCUCUCUAUGGUGGUGAAUCAGCUUUUCUAUGACAUCAUCAUCAUGACAUCAUCACACUGUCUUUAUUUUGUCCAGAGCCGUUUUUUUUUAUUGUACUUUUUUAUUUCGGUUCCAAACCCAAAACAAACGCUUGUCUCUUAGCCUUCCUACACUCACGUUGAGCACCUUUUCCCCAGAUCUGAACAGCCUUGGAUGUGUAUAACUAAGACAUGGAUUUAUAUUCCUGGCUUUACAGGAAAUACAGAUUUUUUUCUGAUAAUCUCACAUGUCGUUUUAUAAUGUUAUGAUGUCAUUAUGAGGUCAUAGUUUGAAAGUUGCCAUUUCUUUGAUCUGUUUUAGUUUUCGAGGGGAUAAGGUGACAUGUGGAAGUCUAGGUUGGGAGUGUUUUGGUUUGGAACGAAGCCUGCAGUCUGUCACAACUCAAAAAUACCCAUCAUGCCUCACUCUGUAUGGAGCAUCCACAACCAAUCAGGUUUUCCGAUUUCCUCCUCUCUUUGUUAUGUAGUUCCUUGUCUUCUGUUUUUAUUUUUGUCGAGGACGGAGGUGUUUUGUCCCUCUGGAGUUGCUGUUGUCUGUGGUCUAGUUCAGGAGCUGAACAGGUUUGAUGUGGAAGUUUGUGAUGCUAAACUGAUCCCAGAUCUUACAACCUCACAUAUGAUCUAAAGCCAUGAUGAGGAUCGACUUUCUCAAUGAGAAGAUCUGACUCCACACCAGUUGUUAUGACCCACUUCCUGGUUGGCCGUCAAGGGGCGGAGCUUGAGGCUAAACGUCCUGGUUGGAGCUGAACUUGGCCACAGGCAUUCUGGGUAACUGAGGGGAUAGGUGGAUUGUAUAUGAAAUGUUUCUUUUUUUUUCUCUUAAAUUUGAGGAAGGAAAAAAAAAACGUCCUGUUCACAUAAAGUACGAAUU